AUGGCUCAACCACCUAUGGGUGUGAUACCCCAGGACAUGCUCCAUAACCCGGCCCAGUCGACACCACAACCGGUCAACUACUACUCCGACGUGAGCACAACCAACGACUUGACGGGCGGCCUACCCAUCAACUUGGACUCAUUGCGAGAUGGGCCCCCUGGGAGCAAACCGUUUUACCCCUACUCGACUCUGAUCAGGUAUGCCAUCAAGGGCUCACCGAAUCAGAAGCUACUGCUAGAAGACAUCUACUACGCGAUUGAGAGUCGGUUUCCCUACUUCAGGACCGCCCCUCCUGGAUGGAAAAAUUCCGUCCGGCACAACCUAUCCCUCAACCCCUGCUUCGAGAAGUCCCCCGUGGAUCCUCGGACUGGAGUGCACAGGAUACGCAAAAAGAAGGGCAAGAACGGAAGCAAAAGUUCGCCUCCCCUCGAAGCACAAGACAUCGACUACCAUCCCGACGCGGACCAGUCACCAGCAUUCGACCCGAACGGGUCCUUCGUGCCCCCGCCACAGAUGGCCGCAGACGCGUCCGGAGCAAAUCGGCAAGCACAACCGCCCUUCGCGCCCCCGUAUCCAUCCUUCGACCCCACAUUCCCGCCAAUGAUGCCCCCAUUAUUUCGACCGGACGAGCAGUUCGAGCUCGACGAGCACGGCCAGGUCAACUGGCAGCUGCAGUGGCGGAAGGAGCUCACACAGCUUCACCAGGCGACGGAGGAGCAGGAAAAGGCAGGCGCCGAGCAGGAGUGGUUCCGUAUCAUGCUCAUUCGUCUGCGGAGUGCGAUGCUCACGCCUGGCGACCCCAUCCCGCCACCGAUGCCCGGCCAACCGCCAAACCCGGGCGAGGUGCAAGUGCCGAUGCAGGAGCAGGCGUGA